AUGUAUGAUGCUACCUUAACACAGGUUGGUUGGUUUGUGUGUAUCAUUAUAAAAUGACUGAUUUCACUUGAUUUGUAAUACUUUUUUAUUAUUUGUUUGGUUACUUAUAAUUAAGCUGACAUAAAACCAUGAAGAGCAGAAAGCUGAUGAUUUGGAGUCAACAUUUGGACAUUGUCAGCCUGCACAUUCCCCUGAGGGUGGGGUGUAGCUUGAAAAUAAAGAUCUCUUAGUGGGACAGUCAAAUUUGUUAAUUGUUGCAUUAUUAGCAAGCACAUGAAAUUGUGUUUAGCAUGUGAAGCUGGUCCAUUGUCAGCCUGGUUAACUCCAAACAUGGAAUUUUGAAAAUCUUGACAGGCCUCAAUCUCAAGAUUCAUGGAUCAUCUAAUUUUACCCAGUCCCCCUUGGUUUCAAACCAGGCUUAAUGACUUGUAUUGGUCUGUAAAUGUACACACAUAUUGCUUUCAAUGGUGUCUGCUAUAGGAGUGUUGCCUGGCAAGAAGAUGUGGGACUCACAGCAUUCAUGUUGGCAUAAUGGACUGGGUUUCUGCUCAAUAUAGCUUUGCUGUACAUUAUUUCACCUUGGGUGUACUUAUUACAAAAAACUGAUAAUGUUCAUCUGAUCAUAUCACAGUACACAGGGUGGUAUGAUGACUCUACUGUUGGUGGUAUUGAGGGAUCAAUUUCUAAGAUGAUCGCAGCUGAUCCAACUUUUGGUGAGUUAAAUUAACAAAGAUCCAGUAUGACUGUUGUAAAUUGACAGCUGGAGCUCACAACUUGACAAACAAUUUAUUACGUGUAAUGCUACACUAGAAUUUCUAGUGGCUUUAAAGCAUUACACUGUAAGUUCAUGUAAUUGUCAUUAUUACUUAUUUACAUGUAUAACUUUUAUUUAUUUAUUUCAUUUCAUUUUUGAUUUUGACCUCUCAGUCUCUUUACAUGUACAUUGUACAUGUACAUGUAUGUGCAUCAACCAUAAUCUUUACCAUAUUAUAUUUUUAUAGUCAUUCAUUAUUAUUAGUUUAGAAAAGACAGCAUUGUGAGUACUUUUAAGUUGAAUAAAGCCUAAUAUUCAGCCAUUUUUCCUCUUGUGGCGCUUGUAUAUUAAUCCCAGAAAGAAAAAAGAAAUUAAUAUAAAAAAUUGAAAGUGUGGAAAAUUGUGUCAGAGUUCCCAACUGUAUCAAAUGCCCACAGGCAUUAACCAUAGAUCUGCUCUUCUGUUACGACCAUUGCAGAAAUGGUGGGGGUGAGGGAGGGGGGGAGGGUACAGGCAGGUUCUGAGUGACUUGUGAUACACUGCCCACCUCUAUUUCCUGUAUUUUACAUGUUCAAAGAAAUUUUUUUAUAUUAAUUUUAUCUGCAGUCCCACAUUACCUUUUUUCACCAUAUGUAUUUCACGGAUAACAAUCAAUAAUUAAUAUUUUUCAGUCAUUCGGUUGAACCUUUUUUUUUUGUUUCAGUAAUGGGCCAUGUACUAUCCUGCGGGUUGGAUCUCAUAUCAUCUGGCAUAGGUAUUCACGUAAAUCAGGAUCUGAAGAGUAGGAUGGAUACACUACAAUCACUUGCCACAGCAGCAAGCAGCAUCACUAAUAGAGAAAAGCUGCAUGUGAGAGCUGUACAAGAGUGGGCUGAAGGGUAGUUUGUGUUUUUUUUGCCUUUUGAUUGAACAGUAGACCCCAGAUACCUUGAACCUUCAAAGAAAUUGAAAAAAAGGUCAAGUUAUUGGCAGCUUGAAGCUAAUAGCCGGAAGUAAGAAGAAAAAAAAAACAGUUUUGACUAUACAGUAAACAUUCCAAUCACAUUUUUAUUAUAGAAAUGCUGGGCUUGAAAUUAAUACUCGCAAACUCGGAAAAUGCGAGUGAUUUUGAAAAUCUGUGAGUGACAAAAAUAUCCACUUACAAAUGUUUGUGAGUUAGAGUCAUCCAUGUCUCCCAACAAUUUAAAAAAGGGAAAGAAUUUGCUACUGGUCUCACCAGUUUGCUAGAAGAAAAAAUGUUUCUAGCAAAACUUUGCAAGUGCAGUAAAAAGUUAACUUCAAGCGCUGAAAUGUUUUUAAACUUGGUAAUGCACUCCUGCCCGUUUUUUAAACAGUACUUAGAAAAAAUACCUGUAAAAUUGCCUGGCAUUACAGGUAAAGUAUCAAUCGACACUUGUAAUCCUUUAAAAAAGUUUGCUUGUUUUUUUCUUUCUUUUAGAAACACAGCACAGGCAUGUCUAACGUGGGAAGAUAUUUUGGUGGAAAAUCCAACAGACAUGUUUGCACUAAAAAUGGCUCAUGAUUCAUAUUUCUACAUGGGUUACCAAGAGCACAUCAGAGAUUCCAUUGCCCGUGUACUUCCUCACUGGAAAGAAGGCAUGCCACUUUAUGGGUGAGAUGGUUUUGUAAUUUAUAGACUUACUAGUCUCCCCUGCGACUGUUCUUUGUCUUGUCACACAAUGUGAAAAGAUAAAAUGGCUGCAAAGGAGGCUAUGACUUAACUUGACACAGAGAUGCCCAGUGGGGUAGAGACAAACGAAGAGUGUUCCCAGGGGGGUUAGCCUGCAAACACAGACGUAUUUCGGGUCAUCCUUUUUGGGUGGAGAGAAGUAACAACCGGAAAUAACGUGUGUGUUCACAGGCUAACAGCUAACAGGAUGUAGGGUUCAAGAGAGUUUUUGCUAUCCCCGUUAUGCACUGACCUUCAGAAAACAAAUUAAGAAAUAAGAAUCCUAGGGAAAAAAUAUCAAGAAUUGUUCUUCUUCUUCUACAUGUGAGACAUGCAUCAUGCAUUCUGGAUUAUUACUGUAUAAUAGACCUUGUCACGGUUUUCGACGCCAUCUUGACGAGUAGGCAAACGCGUGAAAAAUUACAGUGUUUGUAUGAGAAUCUAAUGUCGAAUAGUUUCCGUUGAACGGCUGUUCUGACAAAAAUAUGAUUUGUAAACUAAAGCUUCUCUCCUAAGAAUUCUAAUGAAAAAAAUUGAGGGCGUUACAUGCACUAGAAGACCUAGAACCACUUUUUAAAAUUUUCUAUACAUUUGUCUGUAAGAAAGUCCCGGGAAAAUUACAGACAAAUAUAUGGAAAAUCUAAAGCAAGCCUCUGGAGAAAUCUAAGCUCAGGUAUGCCCCCCAAAUUUUUUAGGACAAUCCUUUGCUUUGUAGCUUUAGUUUACAAUUGAUAUUUUUUUCAGAACAGCCUUUUUAUGGAAAUUAUUCGACAUUAGAUUCUCAUACAAACACUGUGAUUUCUCACGCGUUUGCCUACUCGUCAAGAUGGCGUCGAAAACCGUGACAAGGUCUAUUUAUUGGGCUCUCUUGCGUGAAUAAUUUCAAUCAAGUCAGAACCCACCUUGCGAAAAGGAUGGGUAUGCCCCUGUCAAUUGGAGUCAUAGGUUCCAUGCAACAGAAACUAUAGGGGCGGUAAGUACUAUUUUCCUAGUAGUUCUUCUACAUGUACAGUGUAUGUACCCCACAAGACAGAACUAGGUCACUCUCCGGGCAAAGUAACUAAAUACCUGUAAACGUUAAAUUUGUCUCAAAUAUACUUUAGUUACUCACAUAGCAGUUGUUUUUUGUCUUUCCUGUUCGUUUUUCUCCCAUAUAUCCCUUGUAAAAGACGAAAAAAAAUGCAUCGUUCGAUUCAAACCUGUUCAAACUGACCGCCAGUAUUUGAUUUGGUCUUGGUAACCAAGCCUUUUCUUCAAAUCCCAGGCGCGGGCGCUAAGCAAAAAGCGUUAUAUUAUUUGCUUAGGGAUCCUAUGAUCAGACAACGGCGACGUCCAUGAAAACGGCGUGGUUGUGGAGGCACAGCAAAGAAAUUUACAAAAAAGCGUGAUACACGUAGCAGAGUUGUUAUUUUGCUGAUUAAACCUAUUGCUUUUUUGACCCUCCCGUUCCCGGCCGUCGUAGUUUCGUAAGGUCCCGUCGCAAAACGUUAUUCACACCCCGGUUAGUAACGUCUGCAAAGCAGCGUCGUGAUCCUUUUUCUAGUCCCCCAACGCACUAAACGAAUUACCGGAAAUACGUUUCGUUUUUCCUCUCAUUCUGAUUGGCAAUUGACAAACAGACCAACCAUGGCGCAUGCUCAAAUCCUGAUACACAGAUGGGGGACUAAAACAAGGAUUCCGGCGCUGUUUCGCAGACGGACUUAACCAAAGUUUACUAUUUCGUUUGUGGCGCAGGCUAAGUAAGACAGGUAAGGGCGGAUUUCCAGGGUCUUGUAGCUUUUACGUUAAUGCGCGACCUUUUAUAAAAUUAUAAUUUCCUCCAUUUUAUUCACCCACGUAAGUAAAAGCACAUAAAAACUACACGAGCACAUAAAAACUACACGACAGUGGAAAUGCACCCUUAUUUUUCUCUUAUUUUGUCUUUCUUUGGUUCUCCUUCCCCGGCUUCUUUCACUGGUAUACUGUGGUAUACUGUAUGUAGUUACUUCCAUUCACAAUGAACAGACGUCUUGUAUAAACGGUUUGUGUUCUACACCACCUUAAUUUAGAUUUUAUUACUCACAGGUAUCUGCAAGGAAUGUAUGCCUUUGGUCUUGUAGAAACAAACUUUUACAAGGAGGCGGAAAAAUAUGCUCUUAAGGUAGAGUUUAAACCCCCAAGGCCCAGUUAUGUAAACGGAGUUUAGCAAGUAUUUAACAAAACCGCGUUCUAAGCCAUUUUCAGUGAUUUGCUUAACGCUUUUACACGAUCUAUCGUGAAUAAUUUCAGUAAAGCGUAUAGCGUAGACUGGAAAAGCUAUUUAUUUAGUAUGUAGUUCAAACUUUUGAGUCUGUCGAUGAAAUCCUAUGGUAUGACCAUUCAAAUGAAACCUCUUCAGUAGUACUCUCACAUGGUACUAUUUAUUUAGUAUGUAGUUCUAACUUUUGAGUCUGUGAAUGAAAUCCUAUGGUAUGACCAUUCGAAUGAAACCUCUCCAGUAUUACAUUCACGCGGUACCAUUUGUUUUUUUUUUUUUCAGCAUUUCCCAAAUUAAAUUAGGAAAAGUGUGUCGAAUUUGACUUCGGUCACUUUCUACUGAUUUAUUGCCUUUGUCAAUGCAUUGUAGGCCUUGGAACUGAAUCCAAAGGACUGUUGGAGCACUCAUGCCGAAGCUCAUGUGAUCGAGAUGGAGGGACGACAAGAUGAUGGGAUCAAAUUUCUUAGCAAGACAAUAAAUGACUGGACAGUACGAUGGUUCUUCUUUUUGCAUUUACACUUGUUUAUGAUAAAUAGUUGUUUAGCCUGGUUUUCACCUGCAACCAAGCGGUCGGGGACGUUUCUGGAUACUCUUUGUCGCGAAACGCCGGGAAGAGUUGCGUACAAAGAGGGACAGAACUGGACUAGAGUCGUUAGUGAUCCAUUAAAAGCAGAGCGCCGAUUCUGUAUACGACUCCGUCACUUUCGAUCUAGCGAAAACUAGACUGUCGAAGUCACAAGCAGAAAGGACAGACAUUGUGAUUGGUUUUAGUAUUUGCAAUUCUGUUUAUGCCCCUUCAGGCUACUUUUAUAAGAUCGUAAACGAGGAAGUCAUUUGCGGAGGAAAUGUUUUGAUUCUUGCGUUUUUUUCUGGAGCCUUGACAGAAAAUCAAAAAUGGGAGUCAGCAGCCGAACUAUUAUAGUUCGGCUUACGACUCCCGUUUUUGAUUUUCUGUCAGUCCUAAGUGCUCGCACGGUUCAUCCGAUUCCCUUGAUUAAAAAAACCAACCGAAAUAUUACAAGAAUAAACUCUAUUCCUUAUUGAUAGAAACCAAUUAACAUACUAUCACGAAUUCUCCAAUGGGAUUGGCUGUAACAUGCUUUUUAUUGAGCAAAUGGACAGGAGGAGUCCUUACGUCACGUUGCCAUGGUAGCAAAAUUUCCGGGUCUCAACAAACCGUGGUCCUGCAAAUAUGUCAGAAAAAAAACGAAAAAAUUUGACAAGUAUGACUUUCUUAUGCAUGAUUAAACUCAGGAACAAAACGGUGGCCAAUAGUAUUCUUCCAUCGUUUGUCAAUGGUAAUGGCUGUCUCUGUCAAGAACGAUUGUGGAGAUAGAAAUUUUGCUACCAUGGUAAUGUGACGUCAUACUUCGAUUCCCAUUUUCCCUUUCAUCUAUUCAGCAACAGAUUGCACUAUACCAUCCGAGUCGCAUGGUAGCCACUGGCUUUCUUUGUUUUUCUUUUAGACUGGAGCAAUGUUAGCUUGUCACAAUUACUGGCACUGGGCUUUAUACCACAUCGAAAAGGUAUAUGCAUUACUUGGGAUAUACUAACUGUGGACGGUUGUUUUCGAUGUCAUCUUGAAAGAAAGAAGAUAAGCAUUUAAAAUGAUGUAAUGGUGUUAUUUUUCUUGCCCCACUUCGUCUCACGCUCUCUUGCAAGGAAUUUUGCCCCACGUGAAUGUUAAGUUGCAAUUGGCUCUCAAUUACACUCAAGAUACACCACAGAGACACUGUUAAGAGACGCAUGCGCGAAACUCACUUAAAAGCGCGUGUUGGCAAGCUAAAAAACUAACUGCAAUGUCCAAGUUAUAACAACGUUUGUUUACAAUGUUUUGUUUUUCAGGGUGAAUAUCAGGCUGCGGUAGAUAUAUAUGACGAGGAGGUACAGGACAAUUUUAGCCCAUAAUAGUAGACAAAUUAAACAUCCUUCGUUCAAUGCGAUAAAAAGGUCUCAUCGACAGGUUUCUCACCCGUAAUGUCUGUUAAUUUUGUUCAUUUUUGUAUUGUUUUUGAAAGCUGAUAUUUCCUUUUGUAUUAAAAGGAAAGCGCUAAAAUGCAUAAGAAAGUAGUUACAAAAAAUAUAAACGUCAGGUGUUGCAGUUCUUGUUUAUAUUAUUUCAUGUUGUGUUUUGCACUAUUUUUUCUUUUUUUACGUCAAUAUUUGUACCAAACUAAACGAGGUUAAAUCUGUAAUCUGCAUUGUCAGCAAAGAUUUUCCACUUUUACAUUACAUUCAUUUUUUUUAGCACACCCCCAUCUAGGUUUUUUCAGUGAUCAAAUAGGAUAACGUGGAGUAAAAACUAAAUACUAUAGAUAAAACUUAUUCACAGAAAUCGGACGAUUAUGUGCAUUUGAAUUGGAUUAAAAUAACUAACUACAUACGUUAUAGCUCAUUAUAUACAAUACAAAUUAUUCAACUCUAAAAAUUAAAUUAUUGUUGAUAUAAAAGUUCUUUCAGAAGAUGAUUUUUUAAAGAAGAAAGCGGGAUUCUUGCAUAAUUUCAAGCUGGAAUCGAGCUUAUUCCAGAUAGAUAUCCUUCUAUAGUAAAAGGUUCUGUGUCCCGUUGCAUCUUUAAAAAGGAGAAAUCUUUAGUUGUUGGAAGUUCCUGGUUGUACGUCCAGAUACGCUGCCUCUUGUAACGAACUUAGAUGUUAAGUAUUCAGGCGCGUAACCCGUUGUACACUUUGUUUGCUUGUGUGUUUGUUUAAGUGUAUUUUUUUUUUCUUUGAACUCGUUUUUCUCAUUGCUGUUUAAGGUUGGCAAGCGCUGUCAUUCCGGGGCCAUGUUGGAUUUGGUGGACGCCUCAUCACUUCUUUACAGACUUCAAAUGGCAGGUUGGUGAUACUGUGGCACACUCACUACCAUGGCGACAACAGCGAAAACGUGAUUUCUAAUGUGGAGUCUACUGUCGCCUUUUGAUGAAUUGUCCUUUUAACAGUGAUAUGCUUUAUUUUAUUUAAUUUGCAAGGCUUAUCAAGCCUUUAUCAAGCGGCCAAUUGUCCAUAUCAGUGGUCCAUUACCCUUUUUUAUGCAGGCUUGACUUUAGGUGAUAUAAUAAGUGUCCAGAUAGUUUUGCCAUUUUAUGUCACGGCCCUCUAAUACUGUCAUUAGGCGUUGAUGUUGGCAACCGCUGGAAGGAAAUUUAUCACCUCUGGGAGUCACAUACAGAUGAUCAUAUCUUGGUAAGAUCAAUCGUCUGUUUACACUUAUUUUAACCCAUAGAUUCAUGUUCACACGAGCAAAUUUGGACAAAUUUAAUUGCCCUUCUACACCACGCGGCAUUUGUUGUUGUUGUUGUUGUUGUUAGAGCUAGUUUCCAUAAUCUCCAGAAAUGACUCUUUUUGUGAACAGUUGACACUAAUAAGAAUAAUGUGACAACCUUUUACAUGCCUAGUCGUAGACACGAUCCAUCCUUUUUUUAGUUAUGGGAAUCUUUUUGCGAAUCUUGGGUGCAUUUGCCACCUAAAAUCUGGGAAAUGUUUCGGAUAUGUGCUCAAGCACGAGAAGUAUUGUGUGAUUUUUAUAUUCGAGAAGUUCUGCUCGUACCGUGCCCUGUAGGAAUGGGAGGUCUAAGCUACCAAAUGUAUACAAAACAACACCUUGUAACACUUAAAGAAAUCUUCGUGACAAACUUAGCCGUCUUGUCCACAAAAAGCGGAAAAGUUUUCAAGAUUGCCAGCCUGUCACGGAUUUUGUUGUAUUUUUUCCAGGUUUUUAACGAUGUUCACAUGUUAAUGUGUACACUAGGAGCCAAAAAUGAAGAUGCAACCUUGAAACUUUUAGCGUCACUCAGAGAAUUCGUCAGGUAUAUUUUAUCAUAUUCUUUUAGCUGUCUCUCUCAAAAACCAUCAGGCUGCUAUCUUGAACGCGCCAUCUUGGAUUUACAGUUCAAGAUGCCAUUGCAGUUUGUUCCACCGAUUUUUUGUUUGAUUGACGGUAACUUCGUGUAUAUAAGUGAAUGUCAAGACAUUGUCUUUGAAAGUUAAAACUUUCGUUCUGUCGCUUUUUUCUCUAUAGAGAUGGUGCAGGAACAAAUUGUGAGGUAUCGAAAGAGGUCGGCCUCGCCCUGUGCGAAGCUUUUGAGCAAGCUGAUAAGGUUAGUCAAAAGUUUUUCAUGUAUUUCUUUGCCCACCGAUUCCCCCUUUUUUUGUGAGAAAUCCUGAAGUCAAUGUAUAAAAGGAAGAACCCUUGGUGAAAUUAAACACCGUUUAAUAGGGAUAUCAAGUUACUGCUAUAUUACAAUUUUUUUAUCCGUUAAAAUUUCUUACAUAAUACCGAUGAUUCUGGAAGCCCAAAGGUUACAGUGUAUAUCUGUAUUGUACUCUUAUCUUGGUUUAAUCAAGGUUUUUAUUUAUGUAUUUAUUUAUGUAUUUUUAUUUAUUUUCAUUUAUUUCUAAGGGAAAUUUCGAUAACGCUGUUGAAAUUCUGAAGCCUAUUCGCUACAAAAUUGUGAAAAUCGGAGGCAGCAAUGCACAGGUAAGAUGAAUAAGCUUAAAUGUAACGUGUAACGUUUAAAAGCGUUGAAAAAGAGCUUUUAAUAAAGUUUAAAACACAAAGCGCAGCCCAGACUUUUAGACUUGACGCAUUGAACGGCAUAUUACAAUCCUUUGUAAAAUUUGGAUUGUUUUGACGAAACAAAAUUAGAUAACCAACCACCCAAGGUGGUGGGUUCUAUUUCCGCUGCGAGCAUUUCUGAAGUGUACUUUAUAUUUAAAAUUCGAUAGAUAGACAGAUUUUAAACAUGUAUUUAUUUUGCAUAUUCUCAAUAAAUUAUCAACGAUUUUUGGAAGAGUAUGUGCUAUUUUAAUAAGGUUACGCGUCUUUCAUAACCUAGGAGAAGGGAAAACGCUCACCCUUUAAUCUCGUUUCACCCUUAACGGUGUGAAGGCAAUCACAUCGUUUUGCAAUAGCACUGCAUUCAGGUUACAGCAGUCUUGUGGUAGACGCAAUGCAUACCCGGAUAUGUGCUCUUUGACAAUUCAAUUUGUAUUGGAAACAAGACGCUGUUUGAGCGAUAAGUUGAGCAACAAUGCAAAACAUUUUACACUUUUCUGUUUGUAAGACAGAGAAAACUGUAAUUGUCACCUCAUUCCAUGGAAAUAUGGAGAUGCUUGUUUUGUUUGUGUUUGUUUCGUUUUGUAAUUUUGAGGUUGCUAUGCUUUUUGGUUGUUUGUGUUUUCUUUUUUGCCGUGUGCAAAAUACGAUAUACGUCUAUAAAUUAAACGUCCACGAUGUAACUUGUAAUAAUGACGCCUCUCUUUGCUUGCAGCGAGAUCUGUUUAAUCUGUUCCUGAUUCACGUAGCUCUGAAUUCAACCAGUAAACAACAUCACCAGUUUGUGAGGUGAGAUGACGUUCAUUUACUUGCUAAGCCGGUGAUUACGCACAUUCUGCAGCGAGAGAGAGAGUGGAUACGACGUAAUUGUAAUUUUCAGAUGCUGGGAAACCCUAAUAUAAAUUAACGGCGACGGCGACGGCGACGGCGACGGCUACGGCUACGAACACGUCACAAGUGAAUUCGCGCAGCUUUUAAAAACUUUAUUGCGCUUAUUCCGUCUCGUUCAGCUCAUCAAAAUUAAUAUUGACAUUGAAUUCGAAAGGACUGUAUCGAAUUUCAAGAAAUGAAAAAAAAAGUCCUUGUCGUUUGUUGACGUCCUCCACAAAACGUGAAAAAGGCAUUUCCAAGUCGUAGUCGUGCAGUGAUAACCAAGAAAUGCACCGAAAAUGCGUGAUGUACGUGCAAAGUUUGUUUUGCUUAUCUAAGGCCUAGGCUAAAGAUUUAAGUUAAGAUUGUCUGUUGGGUCAGACUUUGAACUUAGGACGCGUCGAAAUAAUCAAUUGAGUAACCUCAGCAAUAAAUUUUCUAUCGAACGAGGCUAAAUAUACAUUAUCAUACAUACGACCUCUCAUAAGUGAGGGAAGCGCGAGCUUUAAUGCGUGGGGUCGCGCAGCGACCGAGCAAGCGACGAAAUUUCGAGGUCUCUUUAAAAUAGCAUUUAACCAACCAGGAAAAAAAAAUAAAGGACUUUUAGAAAGUCUGCAGAGGAUCGACGUUUGUCUCGGACACGAUCUUCAGACUCUCUAUCCGUCUCAAGUAGACGGAUAGAACGUGUUGGACGACCCAAACUCUUGCAGACGAUUUUAACUUAACCAGACGUCGAACUUUUCAAGAACUUAACUAAGUUUGGUUCGUCUCAUAAAAAUUUCGACAUUUGGCCUAGACCUUAAGGUACGGUUUAUGAAAGUUUAGUGAUCUUUAGAGACAAAAGAACUGCCCGUUAAGAGAGGUACCGUAUUUAUGUGGGUUUAGUAAGAAGAGGUUAGAUUGUAUUUUUAAUUUAAGGUGGAGUACAUUUUCGUUUCGAAAAUUUUUUUUUUCAGGAGCCUAUUGGCGGAGAGAAAGGCCAUGAAGGAAAACGCGCCCAUGACAGACAGGCUUAUGGCAAAGGCUUUAGCCUUACAUGUGGAAUAA